AUGUUUUAUAUGGUAACCUGCUGAUUCCACAGACGUUAACGUAGAGCAGUACAAGUUGAUCAAGUCUAUGGUUGACUGCUGAUUUUAUAGGCGAUAUUGUACAAGUUGAUUGAGUCUAUGGUUGACUGCUGAUUCCACACAUGAUAUUUUCUAUGGUCGAUUGCUAGUUAGUAUCAAGAUGAGAGACGGAUGUAUAGGACAACCCAGAUGUUGGUAUAUACUAGGUGUGAUAUUAAUUACAUCAUAUAUACCAACAACCACAGCUAAACCACCCAAUAUUGUAUUUAUAUUAACUGAUGAUCAAGACUAUACUCUCGGAAGUCAGAAUGCUAUCAAGAAAAUUACCAACCUUAUCGGUUCUCAGGGCAUCAUCUUCAAUAAUAUGUUUGUAAGCAGUCCUCUCUGUUGUCCCAGUAGAUCAAGUAUCUUCUCGGGUAAAUAUGUCCACAAUCACAUGGCCGCCAAUAACUCGGUCGAUGGUAAUUGUAGCAGUUACGCCUGGCAACAAGCCGAGGAACCACAUGCCUUUCCCGUUUACCUGAAAAACCAGGGUUAUCGAACCUUCUUCUCUGGGAAAUAUCUAAAUCUGUAUGGUUUUCCACAGGUUGGUGGUCCACAACACGUUCCUCCUGGAUGGGAUUGGUGGGUUGGUCUGGUUGGUAAUUCUAGAUAUUAUAAUUACGAUCUGUCUGUGAAUGGAACUAGGGAAUCCCAUGGCAACGAUUAUAAAAACGAUUAUCUAACAGAUGUUAUUCAUAGACGAGGUAUGGAGUUUUUAAAUCAACAAUCAGCUGAUGGUGAUCCGUUCUUUAUGAUGUUAUCAACUCCAGCCUGUCAUGAACCUUUUACACCAGCACCACAAUAUGCUGAUAACUUUACUGGUAUGGUUGCCCCUAGAGACGGUAGUUAUAACAAACAUGGCGACGAGGGUAAACAUUGGUUGAUAAGACAAGCCAUUACACCGAUGCCGAAUGAUACAGUUAUACUUGUAGAUGAUAUCUUUAGAAAUAGAUGGAGAACGUUACUAUCUGUUGACGAUAUGGUUGAAGACGUGUAUAAUACAGUUAAAGCUAAAAAUAUGAUUGAUAAUACUUACUUCAUCUUUAGUUCGGAUAACGGUUUUCAUCUGGGUCAGUUUUCCAUGCCGUAUGAUAAACGACAGCUGUAUGAGUUUGACGUCAGAGUACCGCUGAUGAUCAGUGGACCGGGUAUAAAACCAGGACAAGUCAGUAGUGCACCAGUGAUGAAUAUCGACCUGGGACCAACGUUCGUGGAACUAUCCGGACAAUCUGUACCAGCACAGAUGGAUGGUGUUUCCAUGGUCCCUAUAUUGAUGUCUGAUUCUAGUACAGACGUCGUCACCAGGGAGAACUUUCUGGUCGAACAUUAUGGCGAACAUUUGGUUGAUAAUCCAGGAUGUCCACAACUUCAUAAUCAAGGCAUGAUGGUGUGUCAUUCUCAUUGUGAAUGUCAAGAUUCGUGGAACAAUACUUACUCCUGUCUCAGAGUUAUUGGACAGGGGAAAAAUUAUAAAUACUGUCAACUAGAAGAUUUAGUAAAUUUUGUAGAAGUAUAUGACCUUGAUAAAGAUCCCUAUGAGUUUGAUAAUAUAGUAAAUACAGCUGAUCAACAAUUGAUAGCUACUUUAAAACAGGAACUCUUCGAUUUAUCUAGAUGUAGUGGUAUCGCUUGUAAAAGUCCACCAUUGAAUAUAUAA